AUGCCGUCAGGGACACGCUUUGAAGGAGACUUUUGGUGCGAGCCAUGCUCCAAGAUUUUCAAGACUUGGGAAGAUCUACACACUCACAAGCGCAUCAUGCGGGCCAACGGCAAAGACCAUAUUCACUGCAAAUUUUGCAGUGCAGACUUCCAAACUGAAGAAGCGGAGGCUACGCACAUUAAGCAGUUCCAUCCCCAGGAACAGGACCUUUAUUGUUCAGGAUGCGGAAAGGGACCCUUCGUUCGAGUUGGUGGUCUCGUAUCCCAUGUCCAGAAUGAAUGUACACGCCUCAACAACAAGCUGAUUGAGAGUACCCGGGAGAAGAAGAUGGAGUUCUCCAAUGCUCUUGUGGCAGCCACCAAAGAACCUCUCAAGAGCAAUUAUGCGGACUUCAUGCCAUCUGCAAACUCCAAGGCCCCCUCUACCACCAGCUGGGUCGCUGGAGAUUCUGCUCGUCCUUUUACGAUCGAGCAGAAGGAGUUUCCAAGUCUCGCCACCUCCGGCUCUGGUCCUCAGGCUCGCAACAAGGAGAACGUCAGAGAGAGCAACUGGAACAAAGGGAAGAACCUGUUCCCCCAGGCUCCUGCACCCCAGCGACCUACUCAACAGCAACUUCAGCAGGCCACUGCGCCCAACGCCCGAGCUGCUCAUGAUCUCUUGAGUGUUCACAAUCCCGACCAUCCCGACUUCAACGUCGCCCGGUACAGCUGCGAGUAUACUGGCAAGUUCAACUGUCCCAUGGUAACUUGUACCAAGACCUUCAAGUCGGGCCACGCACUCCUGGGUCAUCUUCGAUCUGAGGCUCACUCCGAGACCAAGUAUCGCUGCCCCUACUGCCUCAACACUUUUGGCUCUCUUACCUCUAUCACCCAGCAUGCCGAGUCCAACGGUAGCAAGUGCAGGAUUCGCGAGACUGACAUUUACCGUGCGUACAUGGAUCAGCUGCUAGGUGGCAUGGUUGAUGUCAAGGAAAAACACACUGAUGGCACCGUCAAAUAUGAGGUGUGCAAGGACUUCAAGCCCGGACGGGCGCCAGUCAAGGACGAAUCCAAAGCCACCCCCGAGUCUUUUGUGAAGAAAUCCUACAAUCAUGAGGAUAUCCGCUGGUAG